GGCGAGCGGGCUAGCGAGACUAAGCGAUUGUUGGCGGCAUUUAUCGACCGCAUCAUCUGGUCUGUCUUCAUGGCAUGGAUCUGGUUCGCCUGCACCACAGGUAGAGGAGGAUUUGUCAACCGGUUUCUCUCGUGGAAUGCACUCGUGCCGCUUGGACGGCUCUCCUUCGGCGUGUACCUCAUACACGUGCCUUUCUAUCACCUCAUGCACCGUAUAAGCAGAGAACGCAGAUUCUAUUCCCACUUCGUACUGGUAUCCAACUGUUUCAUCGUCCUUGUGUGGAGCUACAUCCUCAGCUUCAUACUAUCGAUAGCCUGCGAACUUCCCACGGUGCACCUGGAGAAGGUGGUGUUUCUCCGGGACACCAGGAAAAGCGGUGGCACCACGGAAGAACAGCCAAAGCAGCACCAAGUUCUGGGAAAAGACACCGAAAACAUCCCUGUUAUAUCUAUUCAUGAUUGCACAUCGAAAAAUUGCUCAACAGAAGCGUAAUCUCAGCUCGGAAACUUAUUCAAGCAGAAACAACUAACGUUUGUUGUCUAUUUAUAUGCGAGCGCAACCGCUUAAUAAUUGGCUUAAGGUUGAAUGGAGUAAAUAUAGCUGUUUUAACAGCGGAUAG